AAUGCAUUCGACAGAAUGAGUAUAAAAAGAAUCCAAUUUGUUGGAUUGACAUCAAACAGCGAGAUGUUCUCUAAAGCAAUCGUGUUCUUUGCUAUCCUAGCAGUAGCAGUUACUGAGAGACCCCGAGUAGGUCUCCGGAUGCCGCCAAUUCUACCGCCUUUUAAAGGCCUUCGCCCGCCAAUCUUACCUCAAGUGGUCGGAGGUGACGAAGCUCCGGUAGGAGGUUACCCGUUCAUAGUUUCUCUUCAAUCAUACUCCCAACAUUUUUGCGCUGGAUCGAUUUUGAACGAAGAAUGGGUCAUAACAGCAGCGCAUUGUGUUCAAGCAGUUCCUUCUGCUAACCGUAUUACCGUUAAGGCUGGCAAGCAUAACGUUAAUGCUAGGGAGAACACUGAACAAGUGGUCCAAGUGGUACUAGGUGUCGUACAUAGUGACUAUCAAGGUGGCGUUGGCCCAUAUGACAUCGGUUUGCUUAAGCUUGCGUCUCCAUUGAAGUUCAAUGAAAGAGUACAACCCAUCGAAUUGGCAUCACCGGAAAGUGACCCAACGGGAGAAGCAUGGCUUUGUGGAUGGGGCUCUACCUCAACUGGCUUUUUGCCAGACAUGCCAGAUAAACUUCAGCAUGUUCAGAAAGAGUACGUCGAUCGUGUUACUUGUCACGAAUCGGUCGUACGCUUGACUGGAUCUUCUCCCGUUCACGAAACCAAUGUCUGUACUGGUCCAUUGAAAGGUGGAAUCUCCGCAUGCAGCGGUGAUUCCGGUGGUCCUCUAAUCUCUAAGCGUCCAGGACAAAAGCCAGUGCUCACUGGAAUAGUAUCUUGGGGUAUUAUUCCAUGUGGUAGUGCAGGUGCACCAUCCGUAUAUACUAGGGUAUCCAAAUUUAACGAUUGGGUUGACCAGCGGCUAAUUAUUUACGGCAAUCAUUAACGACGGCGAUAUUGACGAUGUAUAAGUCCAUACUGAUGACAAAUUAUAAUAUACUAUUCAAUACAAAAUAAAUAUGCAGCAUAAAUGAACAAUAAUAAUUUUAUUCCAAACCUACGAUACUGUCCUACAUAUACAGUAUAUAUAAUGCAAAAAUCGAAUUAAUAGUUUAAUUCAUUGAAGGAAGCAAUUAUACGUGACAUACGCAUUAUAUAAAAGAUUUUAUAUCAAAAAUUACUCUGGUAAGCAUGGACCAAAGAAAAAAUUAUAAAAAUUUUUUGUUUUUUAUGAAUUUGCUAUAUUAUUUACAAUACUUAUUUUAUAAUUCUCUAAAACUUUAUUUUAUAAUCUAUAGCUGCUAUCGUACACAAUAAUUUUUUAAAUAAAAUGUUCUUUGUGUGAUGAAAGUUAUUUUCUGUAUUCGUUUUUCUAUAUUUUACUCUAUUUGUCUUAUAUAUUUAUAUUAUAUAUGACAAAAUAAAAAUUUGUAUUUACUUUUACUACUCAAUAUACAAUAGUUACAAACGUGUGCGCGUUAUUAUUUUAAAUAUAUAUUAGUUUUGCAUCGUAAGUAACGUUUACAAUUGAUGUAUAAUACAUAUUUUAUUUAAUUUUACUAUAUAUGUUUAUAUUAUAGUAAAGAAAUAUAAACAUAAAGUAUAUAUUUUUAUACAAAUAUGACAAGUUUGACUUUUAUUUUAACUAUAUUAUAGUUUCCCCAAAAUUAUCUCGACUUUUAUACUUAUCCCUUUUACAAUUAUUAUAUGAUUUUAUAUACAUAUAUAUGUACAUAUAUAUAUAUAUAUAUAUAAAAUCUAAACCUAUUGUUUGUUGGAAUUGCAAUUAAUUGGAAAUUGAAACUGGGAAAUCCGUUUACAUCACACUUUGAUCAUAUUGAUAAAUAAAAAAAAAAAA